UGUGCAUGGGUUAUAAAAUUGUUUAUUGAGAAGACUUUGCUGUUGUGUUGUUGUUAGGGUACAUGGAGCUGAGGCUUCUUCGAAAGCGAGGCCCCCACGAUGAAACAGAAAUGGCAGCAACUUGUAGGAAAUUUUCAAAAAUUAGAUUUGCAUGGGUUUUGCGAAAUUCCAUUAUAAAACAAAAUUUUCAUCAGGAGAAGAGAAACCUUUAUACAGUGUCAGUAUGUCUCCAAAGGCAAGAAGAAAGUUCUUCCUCAGAUGACCAUCCAAAUACAACCGAAGAUCGUAAUCAUGGCAAAUUUAAAGAUUCAUUUGGCUAUGUUGAUGGGAAAAGAGACAAAAGCAUGAAGGGGUCACUUUAUUUGAAUAUGAUUCAACUGCCACCAGACUUGAAAGAUUCAUACCAAAUAUUUUGCAAAAGAUACCCAAAGAAAACAAUUACUGAAGAUGGCCAGAAGCUUGCGAGACAUCUUCGAAAUCGAGGCAGGCCUACUGAGAGGUCUUGGCAGAAGUUCAAAGAGUCGAAUGCUAAGAUUAAAUCAGAGGUGAAGCGUUUUUCUGUUGGCGAUGAAGCAGAAGACACCUCUGUUCAUCAACAAGGCCUAGUUGGUAAUGAAGAUCUAACGGAAGAAGAUCGUCUUGAUCCUGAGGAUGAAGGCGAUGAUCUCAACAUGAAGAAUGGCGGGAAUGAAGGAAUACCGUUAAAGAGAGAACGGAGAAAGAAGACAGAAAUUCCGAAGAAAGCAUCGUACACAGUUGUAAGGUAUGGCAAACGUGAAAUCGCCGCAUUUGCAGCAAGUCGAAUACCUGCUUGUUUUGGAACCACUAAAAGAGCAUUAGGCGAGAUAAAAAGACGAGAUCCGGAUUUCAAUCCGAAAACACUCCUCGACUUUGGUUCUGGAACUGGAACCGCUGUUUGGGCUGCCCAUGAUCUCUGGGGAGAUUCCUUACGGGAAUACCAGUGCAUCGAUGUUUCGGAAGACUCAAAUAACGCAUGCGAAUUUCUACUAAGAGGCAGCAAAGAUCCUUCGCAGCCAAUGAAAGUACCAGGAGUGUACUUUCGAAGAUUCCUACCUUUGUCAAACAAGGUAACUUAUGACGUGGUGAUAUCAGCCUAUACACUUAGUGAGCUGCCUUUCAUAAAACAAAGGCAAUUCGCCCUGUCAAAUCUCUGGAGCAAAGCGAAUAAAUACCUGGUAAUAGUUGAGCACGGUAAUAACGAAGGCUUUGAAAUAGCAUUGCAAGCAAGAAACUACGUCACCAAGGGGAGCACUGAUGUGCAAGAUGUCUUCACUGGCUAUAUAGAGACAGACCAGGGCUUGACAGACGAUGAAUACGACUUCGUGGUGAGCCAGCCCGUCGAUGCAGGAUAUGUUUUUGCUCCGUGCCCCCAUGACACAGCUUGUCCAAGGUCUGAAGUUGAUGUUCGUGAUCAUCCAUGCAAUUUUGAACAAAAAGUUGAAUUGGCAUUCAGUCAGAGAAAUACAACAUUGAAAAGGUGGGGUUAUGCUACAGAGAGGUUUUCAUUUCUAAUCUUGAAAAAAGGAGAACGCAAUUGUGAAGAGUCUUCAUUACCAAGAGUAUUACAUCCACCGAAACGCAGGAAAAAUCACGUGAUAUGUGACAUUUGUAGUUCAAAUGGUAACAUAGAACAGUAUAUAUUUACAAAAAGAAAAGAUCCUGACCUGUACAAAGGCAUCAGACACUGCCUGAAGUGGGGAGACUUGAUGCCAGAUGUCGAUAGCAAAAAACCAAAGAAAAUAAUAACUUUCGAUAAUGAAGUAAUUAGACCAAGCGACGAGGAAUGAAUUUCUAUGAAUCA